AAGAAACGUCUGCUUGCAAGUGCUGUUUUAUAUCAGAGUCCGCGCAAGUAUCCUGGACCGCAUCUAAUCACCGACAUGAGCAGAACAUGUGGUGGUGGGCUGUCUCACAUUGCGGGACUCGCGGGAGGCUGCCUUGGUGCGCAUGCCAGCGAGAACGUCAGCUCGCGGAGACGAGCCAGACCUCAAAAGCCAGGCAGUAGUCCUCGGCCUUGGUGGAGGGUAUCAGUUCAAACAUAUUUAUGCAAACCAGCUUCCAACUUCCAGUCAAAAAGAUGCCUGUUGCCGUGUACGACAGCUGCUUGCACCACACGCCCUGCGCGCCUACGGCUUUCCCUCGUGAAAAGGACAGCCAUAUAGGCGUACCUCUCUUCCAGAACAUGGAUUUCAGCCAACUGCCGCUCCCGCUGUUGCAGCCCCUCAGUGGCUUGACUCAAGAUGCUGUCCAGUCCUAUCCGGUUGAAAGCUACCGUCACGAACCCGUGGCCUUCCCACAGUCUGGCGCAGGCGAUGGUCUACCCGGCUAUGCUUCGCAGGAAUCAACUCCAGUGACCCCCAUGAAGACCACGCCGCAUCCCCGGAACAAGGCACACAACAUGAUUGAAAAGCGCUAUCGAACCAACCUGAACGAGAAGAUUGCCGAGCUCCGCGACGCAGUGCCCGAUCUUCGCGCCGCCCAUAACAGCCCUGAGCGUGGCAGUCACAACGGCAGUGUCUCCCCGCAAAGGCUCAAUAAAGCCACCAUCUUGACCAAGGCUGCGGAGUACAUUGCGUACCUUGAAGGAGUGCAGGCCCGGCUGGCACGGGACAACAUGUAUAUGAGGAGGUUACUCAACGUCCAGGGGGCAGAUGAUGAUGGAUGGAGCCAGUGUGACGAAUGGUCAUGAAAGGGACAUACGGGGAGGAACUGCGAGCCUGAGAUUUCUUCCGGGACGCGAGGCUAAGGCUUGGAGUCAACUGCGCAUUGCUUUUGUUGUGCUGGGAGGCUGUCGGUCGUUAUAUCCAUUGGAAGCGUGUCCUUGAGGUAGAAUAUCUUGUUAUUAGUUGUUAUCCCUCAUUCCCAGGGAAGAACCUCGCAUUCGAGUCCCUCGAGUACAAGAGUGAACACAACGCUCCUCGGGGUCGGCGGAAGUUGUAGGCCAUUAUCGUUGCAGCAGAUGUCACUGAUGUACAUACUGUCAACAUGAAGGUAUUCAAAGAUCAAACCACGGUGCAGCCGGCAACACGCAAAAGAGAAGGGCAAAUCAGCAAGUCGUUGGAGA